UUUUAGACUACAUUACCCAUGAUUCUUGUGUGUUGGCGAUGCUUUCCAAAUGUCAGCACAGUUGAGCUUCCCUGCAGCAGCAUAACAUGCUAACAGUGAGACAGGACACUCAACAGAAGCUGUCAACUUAGACAGUUUCACUGAGCUCUACGCAACUUUGCGUCUGCGCUGGAGGACAAUAGCCACAGCAGCCAAUGGAGGACGGCUUUGUUUCGGUGUCCGACAUUUCUGUUGGGGCGUUACAGCUAGUUGCUCAGGAAAUGAAUGUGCCCUCUAUUCAUUUUCCAUCAUUUCUCCUCUGUUCUAAAAACGUCAAUAUGGAGGCCUCACGUCUGUGUUUGCGUUGAUCCGUCGUUGCCCAACGAGCUCCGUGAUGAAGAAAAAGCCAAACAGUAGGGUUCUUCUGAAGCGUGGGAGGCCGGUCUCAGACCCAUCCACUGCAGAGGGCUGCAGCGUCCCACCACACUCCAUAAGCGCCCAGGACUCAUCGCUCCCCCUCAGACGCCUCACCAUGGCACAGCACAGCGACGACCUCCUUGCGUUUCUGAACGAGGACCGGACCCGGCAGAAGUUCUGCGACGUGUCCGUGUGGGUGGGUGAGAGGGUCUACAGAGCCCACAAAGCGGUCCUGGCCCACGGCAGCAGCUACUUCCAUGCCGAGCUGUCCAAGAGCCCAGCCACAAUGACCCACGUCAUCCUGGAGCACGUGGAAGACUCCGUUUUCCAGUACCUGCUGGGCUUCCUGUACACAUCGGAGUGUGUCGUCGCAGAGACGGACCUCCCGGCUCUAGCUGAAGCAGCCAGGUUCUUGGACAUGAUGGACGUGUUAAAGCUGUUAUGUGAGGACGGGAAAGCUACUCCGUCCCAGGGUGAGACGACGGGUCCUGGUGAGCUAGAAGUUCCCUCCUCUACAGGGGCAGACACAGAGAUCCAGAGCACCCAGUCUAGCAGCAGAAUCCCCCUUCAGUACAGUGGUGCUGAGGGUCCUAACACAGGUCGGGUAGCUUCAGGUGAUGAGGUGAAGGCAUGUCAGAAAAGGGCUACCACGCGGAGAUCAGUUCGAACAAGAAGAACACCCACGAAAUAUAAGAAAGACCAUGGAAAAUACUGUGUCGGCGGUCCCGAGGAGCAACAAAGGACUGAAUCCCCAGGGAGAGUUGCCGAGGUGAAUCGGGACGCGAAGGAGACCUCCAAAGCGUCUCUGGGUGAGGAGGUGAUGGAGGAGGACGCCGAGGAGGACGAGCAAGGAGACGUUAACCCAAGUGCUGUGUCUCAGAAGGUUUCUGAGGCUUGUGGAACCGGCGGGCCAGCUGGAGAGGAAGGUUCACACGCUGGGAGAACGGAGCCACCCUCAGCAGGAGAUCAGGUCGUUGACACGCCUCCAGCAGCCAGCACUAAUCCCAGUCCAGAGUACCCCGAGGGCCUGGCUCCAGUCAUCAUCCAGACGUCCAGCAAAAAGACUCUCAAGUGUCCCAAAUGUGAGAAGACCUUUGAUCGUGCAGGGAAAUAUGAGAGCCACACCAGGGUCCACACGGGGGAGAAGCCUUUCCAGUGCGACAUAUGUCUCCAGUACUACUCCACCAAGUCCAACCUGACUGUGCACAAGAAGAAGCAUGCAAGCAAUGCUCCCAUUCCAAAGAAAGAGCACAAGUGUCCCUUCUGCAGCAAGCUCCAUGCCAGCAAGAAAACUCUGGCCAAGCACGUCAGACGGUUUCAUCCGGAUCACACAGACGAGUUUGUCGCUGCGAGGAAAAAGAAGAGCGAAGCCUGGAAAUGUGCGAUAUGUUCAAAGACGUUCAGCCGCAGGCCUCAUCUGCAGGAGCACAUGAUCCUGCACACCCAAGACCGGCCUUUCAAAUGCUCAUUCUGCGACGAGUACUUCAAGUCCAGGUUUGCAAGGCUCAAGCACCAAGAGAAAUAUCACUUAGGUCCUUUUCCCUGUGAGAUCUGUGGGCGUCAGUUCAACGACACCGGCAACAAGAAGAGGCACAUCGAGUGCACACACGGAGGCAAAAGAAAGUGGACCUGCUUUGUUUGUGGGAAAUCAGUGAGGGAAAGGACGACGCUAAGGGAGCACCUGCGUAUCCACAGUGGAGAGAAGCCACAUCUCUGCAGCAUCUGUGGGCAAAGUUUCCGCCACAGCAGCUCCUACAGGCUUCACCUCAGAGUCCACCAUGAUGACAAGCGCUACGAGUGUGACGAAUGUGGGAAAACCUUCAUACGCCACGAUCACCUGACCAAGCAUCAGAAAAUCCACUCUGGUGAGAAAGCACACCAGUGUGAAGAAUGCGGGAAGUGCUUCAGGCGCCACGAUCAUCUAACAGUCCACUAUAAAAGCGUUCAUUUGGGAGAGAAGGUUUGGCAGAAAUAUAAGACUGCGGUGCAUCAGUGUGAGGUCUGCAAGAAAGAGUUUAAAGGAAAGUCCAGUUUGGAAAUGCACUUCAGGACUCACUCAGGAGAGAAACCCCACAGAUGCCCAGAAUGCCAUCAGACAUUUCGGAUCAAGAAGACCUUAACGAAGCACAUGGUGAUUCACUCGGACGCCCGUCCUUUUAACUGUCCACACUGCAGCGCCACGUUUAAAAGAAAGGACAAACUGAAGUACCACGUGGACCACGUGCACAGCGCGAGGUUUGCUGAGCCGCCCCCCGCCCAGGACAAAGCUGGAUCUACUCCUUUUGAGGAAACCUCAAAGGCAUACCACCCUGAACCUAAGUCAGCCCCACGCAGCGUCUCCAACCCAACGACUGUCUGUAUACCCGUCACUUUAGUCCCUGUUCCCAUGGCAGCCGGAGGUCAAGGGGACCUGCAAACUCACAGGGCUGCAUCUCUGUCAUCACAGACUCACAGUGUCGUUAGCGCUCAGGGGCAGCAGCAGAACCCAGGCUACCAAGCUGCAGCAGAUCUGGCUUUCUUAGAGAAGUACACCCUCACCCCUCAGCCCGCCAACAUCGUCCACCCUGUAAGGUCCGAUCAGAUGCUGGACCCCCGAGAGCAGUCGUACCUGGGCUCGCUGCUGGGCCUGGACUCGGCUUCCUCUGUACAAACCAUCUCCAACUCUGAUCACACUCACUGAUGAGACUCUCUGCGGAGCCAUCUGCAGAUUCAGGCCAAAGGCUGUGUGUUGGUCCUGAACCAGUUUCAUUCAACAGGCCAAUGUCACAGGAACGAAACGCCCAAAGAGAGACAUAAAAACCUUUACUAAUUUAUUACCGUUAGCUCUUUUAGUAGAUUUAUAUAAGCAUAAUCAUUUUUAAAAGAUUAGAAGAUGUCAUUUGAUGGCAGUUCAACAACCAAAUAUUGUACUUUUAUCUGUUCAAUUUCUGAUGAAAUAUUUUUUUGUUUGGUCUCUUAAAAAGUUUUUAACUGUCUUGGUCUAGGACUGUUGUUUUAACCUUAUGAUACUAGCUGAAUAAAACCUGAUGCCUGGUGUUUACAGAUAUUGAUAUUUUCAUUUGCAACAUGAACAGUCAAAGCAAACAGACAAUUCUGUUGUGUUUUUUUUAUCUAGAACAUUUCUUUUUUUAUAUCUCAAUGAUCACUUUUGGCUGAAAUAUAAAGCCAGAAAGAUAGAAUUCUUCAUAGAAGAUGAAAACCUGUUGACAGCUCUGAUGAUUUUUGAUCAGGGGAAGUAUGUUGUUAUGGGUGUGCAGAGUGUUUUGAUUAAAACAAGUAGAAAUGUUCUGACAUUCAGAAGCGGUGAUGGUGUUUGAGAAAAUGCUGCUUUUAUUGUGUGAUAAUUGGAGUGGCAGCAGUAAUUCAAAGAUCCGUUGUUCUGUUGCCGUGCCAGAGUGAGCAGCUUUGAACACACUCUGAUGGCUUUCACUAUUUUAAUAAAUCUGAGGUUUUAUUCCCAGUCAA